GUCACACACACACACAGACACACGGACACACAGACACAUGGACAGGUCUCUGCAGGCCAGUGCACAGCUGCUCUCCCCUCAGCUCCAUCACAUUGGUUUUGUGGACACAGAGAAAGGCUGGGGCUUUAUGCUCACGUCCUGUAUCCGUGUGUGGGGUUUUCUUUCCAGUGCCCUGAAGGACAAUUCGGGAGUCCCCACAGGACAGCAAAGGGAGGAUGUGAAGGAACAGAUUUUGGGAGUGAAGGAUACCCAGCAACUGUCAAUCGUGAUCUCCACGAUCCCAGCCCGAUCCCCUGCCCCACAGCCCGGCCCCGCCGCUUCCGACGUGCAGAGAGCCGAGCGCCGCCCCGCACCCCCCGCGCUCGCCUCCCCUCCGUUCCCUGCCAGGACUCGGCGAGAGCCCGAGCGGCAGCGGCGCAGGGCUCAGCCCCGGGGCGGAGCUGGCGGCGGCCCAGAGGAGGCGGCACGGCCGCAGCAGAGCCGGGGCUCAGGGGCACAGCGAGGCUCGGCCGGCGGAGCGGCGGCAUGCGGCGGUGUCGGGGCGCGGGGCUGGCGGCGCUGGCCGCGCUGCUGCUCGUGGCGGUGGCCAGAGCCCAGGUACAGCAGCAGCCGUCCCUGGAAACCACCGAAGGCACCGGCAUCAACAUCACCUGCUCACAUCCCCAAAUCCAGAGCACCGAUUUCAUCUACUGGUACCGUCAGCUCCCGGGCCAAGGACCCUAACUCUUCUUGAGCAUUCACAAAGACUCCAAAGAGCUGCCGGACAAUGCAGGACGGCUGUCGGUGUCGGCAGACCGGCGUUCGAGCGCGCUGUGGCUCGCUGGGCCCCGGCGCGGGGACGCGGCCGUGUAUUACUGCGCGCUGGGGGACACGGCCAGAGCAGCCGGGGCUGCGGCCGGGCACGAACCGCCGC